UGUGAGCAGCCUACUAUGCGCAUUGAUUCCAGGCAUGUCUGCGAUGCACAGACACAACUUUGAUUUCUGCUUGUAAUCACCUUGGCUGCGGUCCAGGAUUUGACGCACAGGCUCUGGCGAGUCUUCGUCAUCCCAGGGCUCCUCAACUGUUCAACCCUGAUGCACUUCGUCUCGAUCGAUGUCCUCCCACCAUCGAGACAGUAGCUCAUUGGCAAGCAAAGACUCCAGUUCGCUUCACUUCCCGAUCUAACCGGACACUGCAUCUAUCGGAGGUCAAUCAGGGGGGGGCAACGCGCAUUCUGGAUGCUAGGGGAUACUAAACACCGGACCGAGAGGAUGCUAUUGCCGAAACCAUUAAAUGCAUUUUUCUUUCAUGACGGAAAAUAUACUAAAAUAGGCUGUAAUAGUGUAAUUUCCAUCAAUGUUGUUGUGAUGCAGACUUAUUUGACUCGGUAAUGUGACCAACAACGUGUGCUCACAGAAACAAGGCAGAGUAAAUCAAUGCAGAACUCCUCAUCAGCGCUCCUCGGGAUGGUCAGCCACUGUCAACCCCCACCCUUUACUGAUCUCACGGGCUUUGCGCUUUCAAUGUACAGCAGUAAGACAGAACUGUGUGCCAGACGCGCCGGAAACGAUGGUUUUGGAUCUCAGAUCGGUCGAAAUCUUCACACCUCGACUCACGUGAACUGCUACGGUUCAAAGAGGAUCGGCGCGCCGUACGAAGAUCGCUAUGGAGCGCAAGAAAAAGCGCAGCUCAUCGCCAAGGUUUCCAGCGCCUGCUUUCCUCUCUCACCGGAGCAAGUGAACGGCGUCUACGGCCUUGAGAAAGACAGUGCCAGUGAACUCGGCGGCAGCGUCGACGGCGGUGUCGGUGGGGGGGCCCUGAUGCGCGGUGGGCAGAGCUUGGCGCUGCCGCUGGGGGGUCACUCAGGGGGGCAAUACCAGCAGCACAGCCUCCACUGUGACCAGCCCAGCCACGACAUACACCUGCUCGACAGCCCCGGGAGCCAGGACUCCAGAUCAUCCUCCGCCUUCCAGAGGUCCCUGCCCGUUGGCUCUCCGCACCACCAGGACAGCUGCGGUGUCAGCGGCCGCAGAGCCGCCCUGCCGUACGGCAUCAAACAGGAGGCCACCAUGGGCUAUAAGAACUCUUCCACGGGCCCGGGGACACUCUGCGCGGCCCAGGCCCCUUUCCAGUGCUCCCGGGAGGGCAUGGCCGCCGGCCUGCGGAGGGGGGAGAUGGCGGAGGCCGGCAGCGCUAGCAACGGCGGGAGCUGCGACCGGGUGUGCAGGACGAGCGGCCGGGGCGCCGGCGUGUCACAGGAUGCGGCGUGCGCCUUUAAUAAUGAAGAUGGCUCCUCCCCGCUGGCUUUGUCCCCCGCCGGAGCCCGUCACUCAGCACACCCGCUCGACGGCAGCAGUCCCAAGAGGCAGCGCCUGUCCCUGGCGCCGCAGUCCGUACCCGCCACCGGCCCCAGCGGAGCCGCCGUCGCCGGGUCCCCGUCGGUCGCCAACGCCGCCCGCGAGGGCAUCGACCUCGCCUCUAUCAUCCGCUCCUCCUCCCAGAUGUCAGCGGUGGCCGGCGUCAACGUCCUCUCGCCCGGCCACGCCAGCAACGCCGCCUCCUCCUACUCCUCCUCCUCCUCCUCCUCGACCACCACCUCCCCCGCCGCCUCCUCCGCCUACUCCGCCCAGGCCGCCCCCCACAAGCCCCAGCCCCUGGCCCCGCCCCCGCCGCACGGCAGCCCCCAGCAGCCGACGAGACGGGAGAGCUGUCAGCUGCCCUCGCCCGCCGCCUGCCUGCUGUCCCUCUCCUCCUGCACCUCCUCCUCCUCCUCCUCCUCCUCUCCCGCCUUGUCCUCGUCGGUGUCGUCGCUGGAGCUGGAGCACGGCCAGAGGCCGAGCCGGGGGCUGUGCGAGGAGCAGGGCUCCAUGCAGCUGGGUCCCGGGGCGGGAGGUGGGCCCAGAGGAGGCUCUGACGGGCUCGGCUUGCUCAUGAACGGGGCUAUGAUGUCCGGGCCCGUUCCCGGACCAGGGACACCCCACGACGGAGGCCAUAGGCUGGCUGCAGCCCUGAAACAGGAGCCCCUGGAUGACUUCUCCUCCAACGAGGACGUGCUCUUUCAGCACCACUACCACCAUCACCACCACCUUAACGGGCACAACGGCCACCGGCGUCAGCUGCAUAACUCCGCCAUGCCUCCACCCUACCACCUCCACCAGUACAUGGGGCCCAGCCCCGGGGAGCUGCUUCACCUUCAGUCCACGGCACCCGCCCCCUCCCUGGGACCCAAGUCCUCCGCUAGGGGCCCAGCUAGAUCUCACUCAGACCCCGAGAGAGACGAGCUCGCCGGGCCUGCCCCGGGCGACCGGCAGGUUUGUCGCUGGAUUGACUGCAGUGCUGCUUAUGACCAGCAGGAGGAACUAGUGAGGCACAUCGAAAAGGUGCACAUUGACCAGCGCAAAGGAGAGGACUUCACCUGCUUCUGGGCCGGCUGCAUCCGCCGCUACAAGCCGUUUAACGCCCGCUACAAGCUCCUCAUCCACAUGAGGGUCCACUCUGGGGAGAAACCCAACAAGUGCAUGGUAGGUCCCCACAACUCCCCAUGACAAACACACUCCCCAAACACACACUCCUCGGACACGCACGCCCCAGACACACACUCCAGGCUAGAGGCUAACCUUGUCAGCAUGGGCUCUAAACUCCCUAUAACUACCACCCUUCCUGCUAGUGUAUCAAAGUAAACU